GAAAGAAGGAAGGCAGGUGCGCCUAGAGGGAGGGCAUCAUGGUCUCGCAGGGAGGGAGGAGGCUUCCCGGCUGGCCUCUGCUCCUGCUGCUGACGCUGCUCCUGUCCUCCCGCUCCUCCGAGGAAGAGAAGGAAACGGAUUCAUUUUCUGAUGUGUGCGCCACUUGCCAUGCUAAUGCCACUUGCCAGCAAAAAGAUGGAAAAAACGUCUGUAUCUGUAAUUACGGAUUUGUAGGUAAUGGAAGAACCUACUGCCAAGAUAAAGAUGAAUGCCAAAUUGGGACAGAGAAGAUUUGUGGUAAUCAUACUUCAUGCCAUAAUACAUAUGGAAGCUUUUAUUGCGUUUGUCUUGAGGGUUUCCAGGCUUCAAGUAAAAACAAGAUAUUUAUUCCCAAUGAUGGCACAAAUUGUAUAGACAUUGAUGAAUGUGAAGUCUCAGACAUAUGUGGCCCUGGAGCACGGUGCGUGAAUACUAUGGGAAGCUUUGAGUGCUAUUGUAUGGAGGGAUACCAAGUAGAAAAUGGAACUGAGCCAUUUCAUUCAAUUGCGUCAAAGGCUUCAUGCAAAGUGGUCAAUUGUGGAAUUCCACCUUCUAUUCCGAAUGCAUAUUUUGCUCCUGUCAACAAAACAACUUAUGGAAGCAAAGUUAUUUAUACCUGUCAACCAGGUUAUGUCUUUGAAAGUGGAAACUGGACUUCAGUUUGCAAUACCAGACAACAGUGGGAAGGAGCUGAUAUUGUGUGCAAAGAAAUAAAUUGUGGAAAACCACCAUGGAUUCAAAAUACAGAUAUUUUCUGGGAUAACACCACAACUUUAGGAAGCACAAUAUUCUAUAAAUGCAGAGAAGGGUUUCAGUAUUCUGGAGGACACAAUUUUUCACGAUGCACAGUAUCUCAGAAGUGGGAAAACAUCACUUUUGAAUGCAGAGAAAUAACCUGUGGCCAACCACCCUUAAUAUCUGACUCAGACAUGAAGUGGAAUGGAAUGUCUGGGCUGCGAAGUGUUGUGGAGUACAAAUGUAGGAAAGGAUUCUACCCUAAAGGCAUAAAGCACCAUUCAUUGUGUACUAGAAAUGGAACAUGGGAAAUCUUGGAUCUGAGAUGUGAAAAAGUCCAAGAGUUUGCUGACAUUAAAAUCAAUGGGUCUUGUUUGUCAUGGAGGAGACAUUAUGGAAAUAUGGGAGUAAAUGAAACUUAUCAACUUACUAUGAGGAUGCUAGGAUCAAAUAAAACUACAAAUAUGUUGAUUGUCCCUCCUGCAACUGAUGAGGCCGUAAAUGUGUGUUUGCAGCUGCAUCAGGAUGCAAAUUACACUGUGAAAAUCUAUGCAAAAUCCUCCGAAUGGAUUUUAACACUCAGAAUAAUACAACCAGUAGUUGAAAAGAAAAUUGGAUUCAGCAACAUCUCCAUAUUCAAUGACACUUGCAUUAAAUGGGACAGAGAAUCAGGAAGAACACAGUCUGAAGAAACCUAUAUAUUUCACAUACAAGGCCUGCGCUGGUAUCAGAAACAAUUCUAUCAUAAGGUGACUCUUAAUUUCACCACAAAUUCUCAGACUCCAGAAAUGUGUCUUCAAUUGCCUCCAGGGAGCAAUUACACUGUCAACAUCUCCACAGCAAACCUGGAUCACAGCAUCUUACUCUACAUGACCACCCAAAUCACUGAUCCACAGUCCCCAGAAAUAGAAUUCAUAUCAGUACAAGGUUCUCUGCCAUCGUUGCACCUGAGGAAAGCCGAAGAAAGAAAUGGGCCAAUAAGUUCUUACCAAGCAAUUGUUAUUCCCUGGAGCUCUCAGUGCAGCUUUAAUUGUUAUUCCUUGACUAGUCUAACCUACUUUGGCAAAGGCACUGACUCAGAUGGCUACGUGGCAGCUGAAUUCCCAGCUUAUGUCAUUGAUGACGACAGACUGAAGUUUGCCCUGGGAGACAGGCUUUACUACGGGAAAUAUUACAACGCUCCCUUGAAACAAGGAAAAGAUUACUGCAUUAUACUCAGGACUGUCAGUGAGUGGAAUGGGGUAAGAACGCAAUCCUGUGUGAUCUGGGCACAAAUAAAAGACUUAUCAUCCCCACCACAGCAUUUGACUGUUGUCAUACUAGGGUCAAUAGCUGCUUUCGGCUCUAUCCUGUUUCUCCUGUUUUGCAUAGCAUGUACAGCAGUACCCACAUCUCCAGCUGAGCUGGCCAAAAGACAAUUUUUGCAUAAAACUGGACACUUAUCUAUCACCAUCAGUACAGGUGAGCAGAGUGCUGCAUCAUCUUCAGUGAUCAGACUGUUUCUCUUCUCUAAUGCACACAUCUACCAGUCAUGUGGAAGAGGGAAUACAAUAAGGAGAGGAAACCAGUGGCUGUCUUCUUCAUCUUGAAUACUCAGACCAAGCAAAUUUGCCCAAAGAAUGUCAGCUCCUGCCUUCACAUUUUGGCAUAAAGUGAUAAUUUCUGUUAUGACUCAUCUUUUCCUUCAUUUGCUUUUCAUUCCUAGCUGAUGUUGGAUAAAUGCUCUGUAUACACACAUAUCUUUGUGAAUUCCUUAGCAAAUGUGAAUAGUUGCUAUUUCAGCUCACAUGCAGGGGUUUGCUCAGUUAACCCUUGUGCAAUAAGGUUAAAACAAACCUACUUUGCAUUGUUUGAGCUGUGCAUAACUGAUGAGAACUACACUGUAUUUCAAGGUAUAAACAUUCACCCAGUCCAAAUGGGUACAGAAUUUUAAGUAUAGUGGACCCUUGUUAUACGCUGGGGUUUGGUUCCAAGAUCCCCCGUGGAUAACAAAAUCCGUGGAUACUCAUGUCCUAUUAAAUAUAAUGACAUAGAAAAUGGUGUCCCUUAUAAAAAAU